CAGGAUAACGCCAGACCGCAGAUGUAACGGCAGUGCUAGCGUGCAGCCUACACACUCGCCGUCCCUGGCCUGGGCUGCCUUGGAGCUGUCUGUUCCCAUGACGUACGAAACAUGGACCUGAAGCUGGCUUGGAUGCUCAUAGUCUUCUUGUUGGUACCGCGUCUGACGCAGGCAGGGGAAUCCCCAGCGUCGGCGCUGUCCCAGCGGCAGGGGGAAGCCCCGGUGUUCGCUGCGGCAGAGCUGCAGGCGGAAGUUUCCGAGGACGCCGCGCCCGGAACCUUCGUGGCCGAUGUAGCGCCGCCUGGCUCAAAGCGCGCCGGCGCGGUCCGGUACCAGAUAGUGGCGGGAGACGAGCUGGGCGCCUUUGCAGUGGACGCCGCCUCGGGUCGGGUCACCGUGGCGGGCAAGCUGGACUACGAAGCUCGGCCAAAGUACGAGCUGCAGCUGCGCGCCACAGACGCGACGGGCGGGUUGCCCGACGGGCAGGGGCAGGCGCGGCUGGUGGUGCGCGUGGCGGACGCCAACGACGUGCCGCCAGCGUUCCGCAGCGCCGUCUACCACGCCGAGCUGCAGGAGGAGGAGGACCCCGCCAGGCUGCCCAUCAGGAUUCUCACGGUGGAGGCUGUGGACGGGGAUUCCGGCCGCCCCCAGGAUGUGGUGUACUCCCUGUCCGGGCCCGGCGUUUCCCCAGACGGCACCGGACACUUUAGCAUCGACGCCCGCACUGGGGACGUCUUCCUGCUCAAGGUGAGUGCGCCGCCUGUCGGACAAACUCUCUGCUGA